GACGACUCCAAGCGGCCACGCGCGUGUGAGGCCUGCCGCGGACUGAAGGUGCGCUGCGAUCAAGACCCAGCACACCCCGAGCUUCCGUGCCGUAGAUGCGCAAAGGCCGGACGACAAUGCCUCAUCACAGCGCCCAGUAGAAAGCGCCAGAAAAAGGCGGACAGCAGAGUCGCCGAGCUGGAAAAGAAACUUGACCACUUGACUGCUGUCCUCCAGCAACAGCACCACCACCACCAGCAAGGAGGCCCAAUUCAGUAUGGCUUACAGUAUGGUCUUGCUCCUACGGCCGAUAUGCAAGGUAGAGCCUAUGCACAAGCCGCUCAGCAGCUGCAGCAGUAUAACCAAACCGCUGAGCAGGCCCAUGAUCCUUCAUCGAUGCAGCCGCCUGCCAAACGUCGACGGGUGGAUGACGAUGCGCAAGAGCCUCCAACACCGGAUGUCAAGUCAGAGCCAGCGGGAAGGUACGCUGCUCGUAGCAACAGCGAGGUAGACCUCUCGCAGCGCUUCGAUGAGCUCAAUUCAGACUUCGCGCCGCACGCGCGAUUAUCCCACAAUUUGCCACAGGACUUUGCCGACAGGAUCAACGCCCUCGUCGACCCUCCGUUAGGCGCGCAGAUAUUCAAUUGCUACAUCGAAAAGCUUGCACCGCACAUGCCGGCUGUGGUCUUCGCGCCAGGCACCGAAGCUGAGCAGAUCUGGAAGGAGAAGCCGAUCCUGUACGCGAGCAUUCUCUCUGCUGCGUCGUACGGCAUAUUGCCUGCCGAGGUGACAAGAGAAUUGACAGUCGAGGCAGUCAAGGCUAUAGCAGACGCUGUCGUCGUGAAUGGCGCCAAGUCCGUCGAACUCAUUCAGGCCAUGCAAGUUCUCGCGCUUUGGUAUAAGCCUCCUGAGGAGGCCCAACAGACCAAUUUUUAUCAGAUCAUUCAUAUGGCAGCUGUAAUGGCUAUGGACAUCGGUCUAGGGAAGCGAUUCAACUCGGCGCAAGCCAGGCGCGGCUUUGGAGCAGCGCAUUCUGAUAGCGCGCCUGGGUCGCAGCGGACAAAACCAAGCAUCAACUCGGAUAGCCUGGAAUCUAGACGAGCCUGGUUGGGUUGUUACUACCUCUGCGCCUCGGCCUCAAUGGUGCUUCGCAGACCAAACCUUGUGCAUUGGACGAAGUACAUGGAGGAGUGUGUUCAGAUCUUGGAAACAAGCCCAGAGGCGCCAGCGUCCGACAAGCUGUUCUGCCAGCACAUCAAAAUUCAGCACAUUUGCGAAGACGUCAGCGUUCAGUUUUCCAUGGACGAUAAUACAGCCAGUAUAAGUAUUACUGACCCGAAAGUCACUUACGCCUUGAACGUUCUGGAGACUGAUCUCAAAGACUGGAUCCAAAAAGUUCCGCCAGAGUUGAAAACCAACCCAAGUCUGAGAUUCUUUGAACAUGUAGCCAGUCUCUACCUUCACGAGAUUGCGUUACACUUCAAUCAUAACGUCGAGGACUUUCGCUUACCGUUCACGGAAGAAUCGCUCAAGUCUGUCAACAAUACAUCGGAGAAGCUUACGCAGAACCAGAUCGCAGCACUAGAGGCCUGCCGUCAUGCUGCACAUGGUGUACUUGAUGGCAUGCUCCGCUUUGAUCCUGACGUGAUCAAGACACUGCCAAUGCUGCUCUUCUUUGUGCGAUGCACGUAUGCGCUUGUAGUCCUCAUCAAGAUGCACGUUGCUGUUACGACGCCAGGGAGCGAGAUGUCGAAGAUGAUGACCACCGAAGACAUCGAUGUCGAUCGAUACAUUAAUGGCCUGAUUGACAUGUUUGCUAAUGUGCCAACUGAGCAAGAAUAUCGACCACAUCCGAAGAUUCUUCGCAUCCUCUCAAUCUUGAGGGAUUGGUUUACCAAGCACAAGGAGAACGUCGCAACACAGGCACGAGGAGACGCGGGACCAAAUCCAGUUCAACAGCAACAAAGCGAUCAAAGUGGUCAAACACCGCUUCACCUCUUGGCGCAGACCGCGACA